CCCAAACCCUAACCCCUGGUACUUCAGAAUGUGACUCUAUUUGGAGAUAGGAUCUUAAGUAAAGAUGUGAUUAAGUUAAAUGGGGUCAUUAGGGCGGGUCCUGAUCCAAUAUAAGACAGAAGAUUUGGACACAGACACAUACAGAGGAAAGACAAGAACAACAAGAGAAGCCACCACAAUGAGAAGCCUGUGCACCGCAACGAAGAGUAGCCCCUGCUCGCCACAACUAGAGGAAGCUGGCACGCAGCAACAAAGACCCAACUCAGCCAAAAAUAAAUAAAUAAACUAAUUAAUUAAUUUAAAAAAAAAGGCAACAACAGAUAUGUCCAGAGGGCCAGAAUGCACGUCCCUCCUGGCAGCAGUGGCAUGAGAGCAGAGUACGAACUGCAGUGACUGGAGUCAUGGCAGGACAGGCAUUUAGAAAGUUUCUUCCCUUCUUUGGCCAAGAAUUAGUUGAAAGAAGUGCAGCCAAACCUGUAUCCAAAGGAAGCAUUAUGCUUCCAGAAAAUACUCAAGGAAAAGUAUUGCAAGCAACAGCAGUUGCUGUUGGAUUGGGCUCUAAAGGAAAAGUUGGAGAGAUUCAACUAGUUAGCAUGAAAGUUGGAGAUGAAGUUCUUUUCCCAGAAUAUGGAGGCACCAAAGUAGUUCUAGAUGACAAGGAUUACUUCUUAUUUAGAGAUGGUGACAUUCUUGGAAAAUACAUAGACUGAAAUAAGUCACUAUUGAAAUGGCAUCACUGAGGUUGCCCAUUCCACUGAAGUUCUGAAAUCUUUUCAUCAUGUAAAUAAUUUCCAUGUUUCUCUUUUAUAAUAAACUAAGGGGAAAAAAAAAGCAAGCACAGAUGACAGGUUCCAUUGGUGAAAUUACACACAUAUUUUUUUAGAAGGAGGCUCACAGUAUUGGUAUAAUUCACUUCAAUCAUUUAUUUUCAUCUUCCCCCCAAAGAGAGGGGAACAAUUAUUGAAUGGUAUCAGGAGGUCUUUUGAACCCUCUGUUAUAUGGACUGAAUGUCUGUGUCCCCUCAAAAUUCCUAUGUUGAAGCCCUAAUUCCCAGUGUGACUGUAUUUGAAGACAGGGUCUUUACAGAAGUAAUUACAGUUAAAUGAGGUCAUGAGGCUGUGGCCCCGACCUGAUAAGAUUAGCGUUCUUAUAAGAAGAGUCCCAGAGAGCCGGCUCUCUCUCCCUGCCAUGUGAAGACAGUGAGAAGGUGGUCACCCGCAGGCCAGGAGAGGGUGCUCACCAGAACCUGACCCUGCUGGCACCCAGAUCUCGGA